AUUCUCUCCUGGCGGCGGCGCCACCUGCAGUAGCGUUCGCCCGAACAUGGCGACACGGAGCAGCAGGAGGGAGUCGCGACUCCCCUUCUUAUUCACCCUGGUCGCGCUGCUGCCGCCCGGGGCUCUCGGCGAGGUCUGGACGCGGACCCUGCACGGCGGCCGCGCGCCCCUGCCCCAGCACCGGGGCUUCCUCGUGGUGCAGGGCGACCCGCGCGAGCUGCGGCUGGGGGCGCGCGGGGAGCCCCGGGGGGCGGACGAGGUGCCUCUCCGGAGGAGACGGAGCGCUGCCCUGCAGCCGGAGCCCAUCAAGGUGUACGGACAGGUCAGCCUGAAUGACUCCCACAAUCAGAUGGUGGUGCACUGGGCUGGAGAGAAGAGCAACGUGAUUGUGGCCUUAGCCCGAGACAGCCUGGCAUUGGCACGGCCCAAGAGCAGUGACGUGUACGUGUCAUAUGACUAUGGAAAAUCAUUCAGGAAAAUUUCCGAGAAGUUGAACUUCGGCGUGGGAAAUAACAGUGAAGCCGUGGUGGCCCAGUUCUACCACAGUCCCGCAGACAACAAGCGUUACAUCUUUGCAGAUGCUUAUGCACAGUACCUCUGGAUCACAUUUGACUUCUGCAACACAAUCCAAGGCUUCUCCAUCCCAUUCCGGGCAGCUGAUCUCCUUCUGCAUAGCAAGGUCUCCAACCUUCUCCUGGGCUUUGACAGAUCUCACCCCAAUAAGCAGCUAUGGAAGUCAGAUGAUUUUGGCCAGACCUGGAUCAUGAUACAGGAGCACGUGAAGUCCUUUUAUUGGGGAAUCGAUCCCUAUGACAAGCCAAACACCAUCUAUGUGGAACGACACGAGCCCUCGGGCUACUCCACGGUUCUCCGCAGCACAGACUUCUUCCAGUCCCGAGAGAACCAGGAGGUGAUCCUCGAGGAAGUGAGAGACUUUCAGCUUCGGGACAAGUAUAUGUUCGCCACAAAGGUGGUGCAUCUCCUGGACAGCCAGCAGCCAUCUUCCAUCCAGCUCUGGGUCUCCUUUGGCCGGAAGCCCAUGCGAGCAGCCCAGUUUGUCACCAGACAUCCUAUUAAUGAAUAUUACAUCGCGGAUGCCUCUGAAGACCAGGUGUUUGUGUGUGUCAGCCACAGUAACAACCGCACCAACCUGUACAUCUCAGAGGCAGAGGGGCUGAAGUUCUCCCUGUCUCUGGAGAAUGUGCUCUAUUACAGUCCAGGCGGCGCUGGCAGCGACACGCUGGUGAGGUAUUUUGCAAAUGAACCAUUCGCUGACUUCCAUCGCGUGGAAGGGUUGCAAGGGGUCUACAUUGCUACUCUGAUUAAUGGUUCCAUGAAUGAGGAGAACAUGAGAUCAGUCAUCACCUUUGACAAAGGGGGAACCUGGGAAUUUCUUCAGGCCCCAGCCUUCACGGGAUAUGGAGAAAAAAUCAAUUGUGAGCUCUCCCAAGGCUGUUCCCUCCACCUGGCCCAGCGGCUUAGCCAGCUGCUCAACCUGCAGCUGCGGAGAAUGCCCAUCCUGUCCAAGGAGUCAGCUCCCGGUCUGAUCAUUGCCACUGGUUCAGUGGGAAAGAACUUGGCGAGCAAGACGAAUGUCUACAUUUCUAGCAGUGCCGGAGCCAGGUGGCGAGAGGCACUUCCUGGACCUCACUACUACACCUGGGGAGACCAUGGGGGCAUCAUCAUGGCCAUCGCCCAGGGCACGGAGACCAACGAGCUGAAAUACAGUACCAACGAAGGGGAGACCUGGAAAUCAUUUGUCUUCUCCGAGAAGCCGGUGUUUGUGUAUGGACUCCUCACGGAGCCUGGGGAGAAGAGUACCGUCUUCACCAUCUUUGGUUCCAACAAAGAAAAUGUGCACAGCUGGCUGAUCCUCCAGGUGAACGCCACCGAUGCCUUGGGGGUUCCCUGCACAGAAAACGACUAUAAGCUGUGGUCACCAUCUGAUGAGCGGGGCAACGAGUGUUUGUUGGGACACAAGACUGUCUUCAAACGGAGGACACCCCACGCGACGUGCUUCAAUGGCGAAGACUUCGACCGGCCAGUGGUCGUGUCCAACUGCUCCUGCACCCGUGAGGACUAUGAAUGUGACUUUGGCUUCAAGAUGAGUGAAGACUUGUCACUGGAGGUUUGUGUGCCGGAUCCUGAGUUUUCUGGGAAGUCCUACUCCCCACCUGUGCCUUGUCCUGUGGGUUCGACUUACAGAAGAACCAGAGGGUACCGGAAGAUCUCUGGGGACACCUGUAGCGGAGGAGAUGUGGAAGCACGACUAGAAGGAGAGCUGGUUCCAUGUCCCCUGGCAGAGGAGAAUGAGUUCAUCCUGUACGCCAUGCGGAAGUCCAUCCACCGCUACGACCUGGCAUCAGGGGCCACCGAGCAGCUGCCUCUCACCGGCCUGCGGGCGGCGGUGGCCUUGGAUUUUGACUAUGAGCACAACUGCUUGUAUUGGUCUGACCUGGCCUUGGACAUCAUCCAGCGCCUCUGUCUGAAUGGGAGUACAGGGCAAGAGGUGAUCAUCAAUUCUGGCCUGGAGACAGUAGAAGCAUUGGCCUUUGAGCCCCUCAGCCAGCUACUUUACUGGGUGGAUGCUGGCCUCAAGAAGAUUGAGGUGGCUAGUCCAGAUGGUGAUUUCCGACUCACGAUUGUCAAUUCCUCUGUGCUGGACCGGCCCAGGGCUCUGGUCCUCCUGCCCCAGGAGGGGGUCAUGUUCUGGACCGACUGGGGAGACCUGAAGCCUGGCAUUUAUCGGAGCAACAUGGAUGGCUCUGCUGUCCAUCGCCUUGUGUCAGAGGAUGUGAAAUGGCCCAAUGGCAUCUCUGUGGACGACCAGUGGAUUUACUGGACAGAUGCCUACCUGGACUGCAUUGAACGUGUCAGUUUCAGUGGCCAGCAGCGCUCUGUCAUCCUGGACAACCUCCCCCACCCCUAUGCCAUUGCCGUCUUCAAGAAUGAAAUCUACUGGGACGAUUGGUCACAGCUCAGCAUAUUCCGAGCUUCCAAACACAGCGGGUCCCGGGUGACAAGCCUGGCAAGUCAGCUCACGGGACUGAUGGACAUGAAGAUUUUCUACAAGGGAAAGACAACCGGAAGCAAUGCCUGUGUGUCCAGGCCCUGCAGCCUGCUGUGCCUGCCCAAGGCAAACAACAGUAAAAGCUGCAGGUGUCCAGAGGGUGUGUCCAGCAGCAUCCUCCCAUCUGGGGACCUAAUGUGCGAGUGCCCACAGGGCUACCAGCUGAAGAACAACACCUGUGUCAAAGAAGAGAACACCUGUCUCCGCAACCAGUAUCGCUGCAGCAACGGGAACUGUAUCAACAGCAUCUGGUGGUGUGACUUUGACAACGACUGUGGGGACAUGAGCGAUGAGAGAGACUGCCCUACUACCAUUUGUGAUCUGGACACGCAGUUCCGUUGCCAGGAGUCUGGGACUUGUAUCCCUCUCUCCUACAAGUGUGACCUUGAGGAUGACUGUGGAGAUAACAGUGAUGAAAGCCACUGUGAAAUGCACCAGUGCCGCAGCGAUGAAUACAACUGCAGCUCUGGCAUGUGCAUCCGCUCCUCCUGGGUAUGUGACGGGGACAAUGACUGCAGGGACUGGUCUGACGAAGCCAACUGCACGGCCAUCUAUCACACCUGUGAGGCCUCAAACUUCCAGUGCCGCAACGGGCACUGCAUCCCCCAGCGGUGGGCGUGUGAUGGUGACAUGGACUGCCAAGAUGGCUCUGAUGAAGAUCCCGUCAACUGUGAGAAGAAGUGCAAUGGCUUCCGCUGCCCGAAUGGCACCUGCAUCCCGUCCAGCAAGCACUGCGAUGGUCUGCGGGACUGCUCGGACGGCUCGGACGAACAGCACUGCGAGCCCCUGUGCACACGCUUCAUGGAUUUUGUGUGCAAGAACCGCCAGCAGUGCCUGUUCCACACCAUGGUAUGUGAUGGGAUUGUCCAGUGCCGGGACGGAUCUGACGAAGACCCUGCGUUCGCGGGAUGCUCCCAAGACCCGGAGUUCCACAAGGUUUGUGACGAGCUCAGCUUCCAGUGUCAGAAUGGCGUGUGCAUCAGUUUGAUCUGGAAGUGUGACGGGAUGGAUGAUUGUGGUGAUUACUCUGAUGAAGCCAACUGUGAAAACCCCACAGAAGCCCCAAACUGUUCCCGCUACUUCCAGUUCCAGUGUGAGAAUGGCCACUGCAUCCCCAACCGGUGGAAAUGUGACAGGGAAAAUGACUGUGGGGACUGGUCUGAUGAGAAGGACUGUGGAGAUUCACAUCUUCUACCCUCCCCGACUCCGGGGCCCUCCACAUGCCUGCCCAAUUACUACCGCUGCAGCAGCGGCGCCUGUGUGAUGGACAGCUGGGUGUGCGACGGCUACCGGGACUGCGCUGACGGCUCGGACGAGGAAGCCUGCCCCUCUCCGCCAAAUGUCACUGCUGCCUCCACUCCUACCCAGCUUGGGCAGUGUGACCGAUUUGAGUUCGAGUGUCACCAACCCAAGAAGUGCAUCCCCAACUGGAAGCGCUGUGAUGGCCAUCGAGAUUGCCGGGACGGCCGGGAUGAGGAAAACUGCCCCACACACAGCACCCUGACCUGCAUGAGCAGGGAGUUCAGGUGCACAGACGGUGAGGCCUGCAUCGUGCUGUCCGAGCGCUGCGACGGCUUCCUGGACUGCUCGGAUGAGAGCGAUGAGAACGGCUGCAGCGAUGAAUUGACUGUAUACAAAGUACAGAACCUUCAGUGGACAGCCGACUUCUCCGGGGAUGUCACUUUGACCUGGAUGCGGCCCAAGAAAAUGCCCUCUGCUUCUUGCGUCUAUAACGUCUACUAUAGAGUGGUUGGAGAAAGUAUAUGGAAGGCUCUGGAGACCCACAGCAAUAAAACCAACACGAUCUUGAAAGUCCUGAAGCCGGAUACCACGUAUCAGGUUAAAGUUCAGGUCCAAUGUCUGAGCAAGGUGCACAGCACCAAUGACUUCGUGACCCUGAGGACUCCGGAAGGUUUGCCCGAUGCCCCUGGAAAUCUCCAGCUGUCACUCCACAGGGAGAUGGAAGGCGUGAUUGUUGGCCACUGGACUCCUCCUGUCCAUACCCAUGGCCUCAUUCGAGAGUACAUUGUAGAAUACAGCAGGAGUGGUUCCAAGGUGUGGGCCUCCCAGAGGGCUGCUAGUAAUGUCACCGAAAUCAGGAACUUAGCUGUCAACACCCCAUACACUGUCAGAGUGGCUGCGGUGACUAGUCGUGGAAUAGGAAACUGGAGCGAUUCGAAAUCCAUUACCACCAUCCAAGGAAAAGUGAUUCCACCGCCAGAUAUCCACAUUGACAGCUAUAGUGAAAAUUCUUUAAGCUUCACCCUGACCACAGAGAGUGACAUCAAGGUGAAUGGCUAUGUGGUGAACCUUUUCUGGGCCUUUGACACCCACAAACAAGAGAAGAGAACAUUGAGCUUCCGAGGAAGCACAUUGUCACACAAAGUUGGCAAUCUGACCGCGCACACGGCCUAUGAGAUUUCUGCCUGGGCAAAGACUGACUUGGGGGAUAGUCCUCUGGCCUUUGAGCAUGUCAUGACAAAAGGAGUCCGCCCACCUGCUCCCAGCCUCAAAGCCAAGGCCGUCAAUCAGACUGCAGUGGAAUGCACCUGGACUGGCCCCAGGAAUGUGGUUUAUGGCAUUUUCUACGCUACGUCCUUUCUUGACCUCUAUCGAAACCCAAAGAGCUUGACUACUCCCCUCCACAACAAAACGGUCAUUGUCAGCGGGGACGAGCAGUAUUUGUUUCUGGUCCGGGUGGUGGUGCCCUACCAGGGCCCGUCCUCCGACUACGUCGUGGUGAGGAUGAUCCCAGACAGCAGGCUUCCCCCCCGCCACCUGCAUGUGGUCCACACCAGCAAAACCUCGGUUGUCAUCAAGUGGGAAUCCCCGUAUGAUUCUCCUGACCAGGACUUGUUAUAUGCAAUUGCAGUAAAAGAUCUAAUAAGAAAGAGUGACCGGAGCUACAAAGUGAAAUCCCGCAACAGCACUGUGGAAUACACCCUGAACAAGUUGGAACCUGGAGGGAAAUACCACGUCAUUGUCCAACUAGGGAACAUGAGCAAAGAUAGCAGUAUAAAAAUUACCACAGUUUCGUUAUCAGCACCUGAUGCCUUAAAAAUUAUAACAGAAAAUGACCACGUUCUUCUGUUUUGGAAAAGUCUUGCUCUGAAGGAGAAGCAUUUUAAUGAAAGCAGGGGCUAUGAGAUCCACAUGUUCGACAGUGCCAUGAACAUCACCGUUUACCUUGGGAAUACUACUGACAAUUUCUUUAAAAUUUCCAACCUAAAACUGGGUCAUAAUUAUACUUUCACUGUCCAAGCCAGAUGCCUUUUUGGCAGCCAGAUGUGUGGGGAGCCUGCUGUGCUGCUGUAUGAUGACCUGGGGUCUGGUGGGGAUGCGUCAGCGUUUCAAGCUGCCAGAUCCACUGACGUCGCUGCCGUGGUGGUGCCCAUCUUGUUCCUGAUCCUGCUGAGCCUUGGGGUCGGGUUUGCCAUCCUGUACACAAAGCAUCGGAGGCUACAGAGCAGCUUCACUGCUUUUGCCAACAGCCACUACAGCUCCAGGCUGGGUUCUGCCAUCUUCUCCUCAGGGGAUGACUUGGGGGAAGACGAUGAAGACGCUCCUAUGAUAACUGGAUUUUCAGACGACGUUCCAAUGGUGAUAGCCUGAAAGUUUUUCUCACUAGAAACCAAAUGGUGUAAAUAUUUUAUUUGAUAAAGAUAGUUGAUGGUUUAUUUUAAAAGAUGCACUUUGAGUUGCAAUAUGUUAUUUUUAUAUGGGCCAAAAACAAAGCAAAAACAAAAAAAAAAAAAAAGGAGAGAAAGGAAUGAAUAAACUUUGUAGUAAUCAACUGUGAACUUCAAGCCAGGUUAAUUUCAGUAACCAAACUGCUUCGAUUUGACAUUAAUGUAGUCUUACAGGGCUGUGCUUGCUGGGCAUGCUUUUAAGUCUGUGAGAUAAUUUUGGUUCAAUAAACUGGUCAUUCUUUUUAUUUUUCUAAGACACAGAAAUGUAUUUAAUAAAAACUUCAAGACAGAGUGACGGGUGGAAGCCCUGAAAUUUUGAACUUUGUUUGGGUUUAGUUUAUAUGAAAGUAUGUGGGUGUGUUACAGGGGAAGCUUCUUUUGUGUUAUUUUGUUAAUUUAUUGGGACUCUGUAUAAAGCAGGGCUUUCGGCCCAUCUGACAUCACACAUGUUUCGAGCCCCUCACCCGUCGGGUUGAGGGGUGGGGAACAGAAGCAGUUUUGUUGCCAUUCCGGAAACGAUCCAUUUUUGUUCGCGUGCGUGUCACAUAAUGGCAUCUGGCCGGAGGGGGCACUGAGUCAUCGCCCCAUUUCAGCUCAGCAGAGCUGCAGCUGGGAAGCCCCGCGAGCAGCCGCUUCCUUGCUCUGUUCAUUGACGGUAGCUUGCUGUAUCCGCCUCUGUACCAGAUGAGCUUUCAGAGCUACAAAGCGGUAACGCUGCUUUAUGAUUCACUGGUGUCAUUGUCGAUGGCAAAAAAGUCGCUCUGCUUGAGGGAGAGUUCUAGAUCUGCGCCAUGAUAGAUACACUGGCAAAUAGGGUACCUAAUUUUUCCAUUCUGGAUUCUUUGCUUUUAACCACUGAGAAACCUCGAAUGUAAAACUUUGUGUUUGUGUUGAGGUAGCCAUGUGUUGUCCUGAAAAGCUCCAUGCUGAUAUAUGCAGCCAUUUUAAAUUGGGUCAGUGCCUUCUCUUUUUUUCUGCCACCUCUCUCACCCGUGCCCCUGCCUGAUUUAAAGAAAAAAUGCUGUUUCACUUUCACAGGGGUGCAGGAGAGCUGCGUGUUUGAGGCUAUUCAAGCUAAUUCUUAGAAGCAGCAGUACUAGAGCUUAUUCUCUCUGUAAAAUGAGGGGGGCUUUCUCCCCGCCCCCACCCUUCUGCCUUUAAAUGUCCCUCCACCCUGUAUUAAAAUUAGGGCCGCAUGACAGACAUGUGGUCCCACUGGGGCCCCCACCUUUCAGCCUGAGUGUCGUGGCCCCCCCGGUCUAACAUUGCUGUGACUUCUGUGUGAACCUCACCACCAGGCUUCUCCCCACUGAGAAGCAGUGAGCAGUGGGGCUGUUGCAGAGCCAGGCUUCUGAAUACGUGUCCUUCAUAGUCAAGCUUCGUAAAACCCCAUCUCUUAGAUGUGCGGCAUCACCUCACAAGUAUUUGCUUUCUUUUAACCAAAAGUAUCAUUCUUGGGUGAGGGUACAGUUUUCUUCUACUUAGUGAUUGUUGGGAAAACCAAGAGCCAAUUAAACUAGUUUUGAGCAUUUUUUUAAUUUAUAUGUAUAUAUUUUGGAUGAGUAUUUUAAACUGUAGACAACUUAGUGUGUCGUGUGUGGGUCGGGGUCCAUUUGGUUUUUAACAAGUGGUGGUAACGAUGACCCUACUUCCAGCAUAGUUUCUUUCCUAGCUCUCGCUUUUGUUUUUUUUUUUUUUUUCAAAGACUGGAAUUUCUUUGGCAUCAUCUUGUCUUACCUUGGAGUUUUGUUCAAAACUCCAAACCCUACCACCUCCUCUCUAAUAAGCUCUUUAAGUCGCUGAAAGAUUAACAAGCCUAGUGGGAGGCGAGUCAUUCAAUUGAACCACUAGAAAAUAUAUUUUCUUUUCUUUUUCUGCCAACUUUUUGGUGGCAUUUGCACACACGGAUGUAAAAGGCUUGGAGACUUUAUUUUCAAUUAUUCCAUAGGCAAGCCUUUUAUGGAGCAUAUGUCUCCAGUUGGCAACUUGCGAUAUUCUUGAGCGGCUAGUUCUCGUUCCCAGUGCCUCCCAAAGCUUUGUCCCCAGUACUGUAGAGACCGGCCAUCACCCCUCUCUUUGGAAAAUGCCACUGUGCUGUCUGAGACAAAGCAGCCUUUUAGGGCUAGAGUAUUUUAUAUAAACAGAAGAGCUAAGUUCCUGAAGACUAAGCUAGAUAGAUGCAGCUAUGUGUAAAUUGUAUAUUUUUAUGAAAUGUUGAAGCACACACUCUGUUUCCCUCUGCAUAGCUUUGUGGGGUUUGGUGACUUCUGCCAUCUGCAGGAGUCCAGGGGUUGGAGAGCCAGUAGGAAAUGAAAACAAAAACUACAUUCAGCCUUUGAAGGUGACCAGAUAAUUGUCUUCACUGCAACUAGUGUGAGGCCCUGAUUAUGAAAAAGGGAUUUCCAUGCCGCAUUGGAGAUAACACCUCAAAUAUUCACACUGUACAGGGGAAAUGUUUUAUUCAGUCCUGGGAUUCAUUCACAUGUCAGGAGCCCCCCUCCAUGUGGACCUCUAAUAGACCAUUACAAUUCAGUGGGCAGGGGGAGUGUGUUCAGAUUUUCUCUGGAUGCUGAUUUUUGUCCCUGUAUAUGUUGAGUGACCACCACCCCCACCUUGAGCAUAAUGAGACAUGGGUCCAUGUGGAUGAAAUGACACUUCUGCAGAGGAUUCCAGGGAGAAGCUGUGUCUGCACACCUGUUUCCAGGUGUUCUAGUGACUACUGGCUGCUUUGGAGAGCUGGGUAAACAGUUAGGAAGCUGGUAACUGGUAGAAACUUCUGGCCUUGGGAAGAGUGGCUCCUGAGUGUCCAGUAGUGUCACUAGACUGGGUGGGACAGAUGUGGGAUAAGCCCAGUGCUCCCUUAGGCACGGUGGGGUGCCCCAUUAGACUGAGCUAUAGCUCAGUCAAUAAGGAAUGCAACCUUUCUCCAACCAGUGGCCAUUUUGCCAAGGGGUGGUAGGAAAAUUGGGGAGAACAAUGGUAAGGUGAUCACCUUACACAUAAGUCACCCAUUUAUCCUCAGAAUCCUGCCUUUACGUAUCCACCCGGCCACUCCAUCCAGUCAGCUUACAUUCCCAGUGCUUCCUUGACGACAGAAACCCCAUCCUGUCAGUAUGGUUGGUCACUUUCCCAUGAAGGGGGUUAUGGUAGAUCCUGAAAAGUUUCCCCUUCCUUCGGCAGAGUAGGAAGGUCCCUCAGAGAAGGGAUCCUCCUCCACAUUGAUUUUAGGAACUGACUCUCAAGCUCUGUGCAGAAUCUUCACUUGUUUUGGGACUGUAUCUUGACAUUCCUAUUAUGUUAUUUUUUAAAACUGGAGUGUGUGCUGCCUUUCAGGUACAAUUUUUGUGUAAUAAAAGCCAGUGCAUUAAGUUUAUAUAGACUACUUUCUAUGCAAGACUGAGGAUAUGGACUAGCUAGCAAGAGAGAUGUAAUAUUAAGUACACGGAUAAUAAACACGUUUCCAGAUGGGGGAUCACCACUGAGCAUGGGUUGAGCGGGAGGCUAUGUUUCUGCCCACUGAUUUUGAGCAGUCAUAAUAAUUAAAUCAUCAGAGCCAAGUAACCCAAGAAUGGUAUUAGUUUCAUGUAUAAUAGCUCAAAUGGAAUCAGUGUGAAUGCUAAAGUGGAACAUUAUUCUCAGAUAUUCCAUGUCAUUUCUCAUUUAAAGACCUGUUACAAGUUAUUAGAAACUUUAGGCAAAAAUCAAAAGUAUUUGCAGCAAAAUAAAGGCCUACUCUGCUCUUAUUUAAAGUGAAACACUGUAAACUUGUUUCUCUCCAAAGCGAAAUUAGGUAUUUAUGAUUUCAAUUGCCUGGAUAAGUUUCCAAAUCACUAAUUUAUGCUGAAGAUUUUACUAUAUUGCACAAUUUUAAGACAAUUUUGAUCUCAAUGUCAACUUUUUUCACUGAAUAAAAAUUUAACUGGGUCAAGAAAACACCUAUUUGAAAA